AUGGCAGAAGCACAAGCAACUCCCAUCAACCCGGCCUCAAAACCUAAGAAAACUACCAAAGAGAAAGCAGUCCCCUGGGACCGUGAUGGUGUGGAUGGUGGUAAUAGUAGCAUGGAUAUUGUUCUGGAAUGGCUCUCAUCUGAUUCCAACUACCAAAAAUGGAGGGGAGAUCUUGGGAUCACCCACCGCAUCAACCAAAAGCUCAGCAAUCUCCAGUCCUCGUACAACACUGCUCGCGACUGGAAGAGGAACACUGGGGCAGGAAUUCUUGAAAGUGAUGCAGUCAAUGGUGUCAAGACUGUCAAGGAUCAAGUGCACUUCUUGUGCCAAUACUGGGACAUUCUUGAUCCAGUUAUGGGAUUGAGGUCGGUAGCCAAACCACUUUAUACUCAAUCAUCUGUUCCCGACCCAGAAGGCCAAAUGGACAACCCAACUGGUGACUCCAUAGGAAACAAGAAUUCAAACCUCCUGAGCAGCAGUCAAGACACUCAAUCUGACGAUGACAAGGACAAGAUUACAACUACUCAAGCACUAGCUUCCGCUCCUGCUCCUACGGCCUCAACUGCCAAAGUGAGCUACAUGAAGGAAUUGAGAGAGCUUGGGCUUGAAUAUUCAGAAAUCAAAAAGGAAGUCAAUGAAGAGUUCCCUGCCAUCCCUGACAUUCUUGCAGAUUCCAAGGAGGACGAAUCAGACUCAGAUGAAGAUAGUUCCUAG